AUGACGUCUUCAGCCGGAUUUCAAGCCGCAUUCUCUGCAAACUCCAGCUCUGAGGUGGAUGACUCGGCGGCGACUCAUCUGGGUGCGGUGGAAAAAUCUUCGCUGACAUCUUACAGUCUGAACUCAGCCCAUAGAACAGUAGAGGAUGUAGAACUUGGACCAGACUGGGACCAGAAAGCCAACAGCCUGCUGCGUAAACAUUUUGGGUACUCCGGGUUGAAAAGUUUUCAAAUGGAAGCUCUUGGUGCUUGGUUUUCUCAGCAAGACUGUCUUGUUCUUGCAGCAACAGGGUCUGGGAAAUCUCUGUGCUUUCAGCUACCUGCGCUUUUGACAGGGAAGGUCGUGGUCGUGAUUUCUCCAUUGAUAAGCUUGAUGCAUGACCAGUGCUUAAAGCUAUCAAAACAUGGCAUCUCUGCAUGUUUCCUUGGAUCAGGACAACCAGAUAACACCGUUGAGAAGAAAGCAAUGAACGGCAUGUAUUCCGUUGUAUACGUUUGCCUCGAAACACUGCUUAGGUGAACACAUUUGUACAUCAUCUGGUAUUGCUUGUAGUUUGAAUUGUUUCUAAAUGCCCUGCUGUUGUCACUUGGGACUGUAUGAUGUCAGCUU